AUGUCGUCUGUUAUCACUGCUUUGACACCCAACCAGGUGAACGAUGAAUUGAAUAAGAUGCAGGCAUUUAUCCGGAAGGAGGCCGAGGAGAAGGCCAAGGAGAUCCAGUUGAAAGCCGACCAAGAAUACGAGAUUGAAAAGACUGGGAUUGUUCGAAACGAAACGAACAAUAUUGAUGCCAAUUUUGAGGAUAAGUUGAAGAAGGCGUCGCUAAAACAGCAGAUCACGAGAUCUACUAUUGCCAAUAAGAUGAGACUCAAGGUGUUGAGCGCCAGAGAGGAGUCCUUGGAGAAGAUCUUCGAAAGUACUAAGGAGGAGUUGGGCAAUUUAGCCAAGAAGGAGAAGCAGUACAGACCUGUGCUUCGCUCUCUGAUCUUAGAGGCUUCGCUGAAGCUCCUGGAAGAUACCGUUGUGGUCAAGGUCGCGAAAAGGGACCAGAAACUAGCCGAAUCUUUGAUCGAUGACGUUGUCAAGGAGUACAAGGAGGUUGCAAACAAAGAUCUCACCAUCAAGAUUUCCGAUAUGUUUUUGAGCGACGACACUGUUGGCGGUGUGGUGGUCACCAGCGAGAAUGGUAAGAUCGAAGUCAACAAUACCCUGGAGGAGAGACUAAAAUUGUUAAGCGAGGAGGCCCUGCCAGCUAUCAGACUGGAGUUGUUUGGUCCUUCCAAAACAAGAAAGUUUUUAGAUUAG